GGACUAAAUAGGCUUUAAAAUAAUUUGAACCAAAAGCUACAAAUUGAGGCAGCCCAAGUAUUUUUGCCCUAGGCAAGAAAGCAGCUGCCCCUUUCCUCCUCUGUGAAAUCCAGCCACCAACGACGGAAAACCAAAGCAGCGGUCUCCCUUUCUUUUCCCUUGUAUUCCAUCGUUGUUAAGAGGGAUGAGGCAGCUAAAAUUUCAUGAAAAGAAACUUUUGAAGAAAGUAAAUUUUUUGGAAUGGAAAAGAGAAGGUGGCCACCGAGAGAAUCUCGUUAUGCACCGUUAUCAUGUCACUGGCCGUGAUGAUUACAAGAAGUAUUCGAGUUUGUGCCGGAUGGCGCAGAAGUUGGUUAAUGUAUUGAAGCAGAUGGACCCCAGAGAUCCUUUUCGAAUCGAGAUGACUGAUUUGCUGUUAGAAAAGCUAUACAAUAUGGGCGUAAUUCCAACUAGGAAAAGCUUGGCUCUAUGUGAUCAGUUAUCAGUAUCAUCCUUUUGUAGACGUAGGCUUUCAACUGUCUUGGUUCACCUAAAGUUUGCCGAGCACUUAAAAGAAGCAGUCACAUAUAUUGAGCAGGGACAUAUUCGAGUGGGUCCAGAGACAGUGACAGACCCAGCAUUCCUUGUAACAAGGAACAUGGAAGACUUCAUUACAUGGGUAGACACAUCUAAGAUACGGAGGAAGGUGCUGCAAUACAAUGAGAAGUUGGAUGAUUAUGAUGCAAUGAACUGAAAUAUCAGAGUUUAGUUUUCCAUUUUGUUUUCUAUAUUUUCAGUUUUUUCUCUGAAGGUGAUUGAGGCUUUGUUAUUUUAUAUAUUUGUCAAUUCUGUAGGUUGGGAAAAGAGCUUAUUUUGUUGUUUCAGGGACUGUUUUCUUUCUAUAUAUUUGAAGAUUUUAUCUCAAGCUUUGGGCUUUCCAUAUGAUAUAAUAGGGAGCCUUGUUUGUUGCACUAAGCGAUGGGGGAUUAUUAUUAAUACUAAUAAAAGUAAUGGAGGCUUAAGAUACAAGAUGCUUGGAUUCUAUAUGUAUAUAUGG